AUGUCAUAUAUAAAUAAAUUGCUUGUUGCAAAUAGAGGUGAAAUUGCAUGCAGAGUUAUGAGGACAGCCAAGAAAAUGGGCAUCAAAACUGUGGCUGUGUAUAGUGAUAUUGACAAAAAUACUUUGUUUGUUGAAAUGGCUGAUGAAGCUUACAAUAUAGGUCCUCCUUAAGCUUUGCAAUCAUAUUUAAGGAGUGAUAAAAUCAUUGACGUUGCAUUAGGCACAAAGAGUCAAGCUAUUCAUCCAGGCUUUGGAUUUCUUUCAGAAAAUGCACAAUUUUCCGAAGAUUGUCAAAAAAAUGAUAUUAUAUUUGUUGGUCCAGGAGCUGAUGCAAUUAGAAAAAUGGGAUCCAAGAGCGAAUCAAAAAUUAUAAUGACAAAUGCUUAAGUGCCAGUUGUCCCAGGAUAUCACGGUGAAAAUCAAGAUCCUAAUUUUCUGCUUCAAGAGGCUGAGAAAAUCGGGUUCCCAGUUUUGAUUAAGGCUGUUAUGGGUGGAGGAGGAAAAGGAAUGAGGAUUGUCAGAUAGAAAUCUGAAUUUUUAGAAGCUUUGGAAGGAGCCAAAAGAGAAGCCUUAAAGAGUUUCAAAGACGAAAGAGUGCUCGUUGAAAAAUACAUUGAAAAGCCUAGACACAUUGAAGUUCAGAUCUUUGGUGAUAAACACAACAAUUAUGUUCAUUUAUUCGAGAGAGAUUGCUCAAUUCAAAGGAGACAUUAAAAAGUCAUCGAAGAAGCACCUUCUGCCUUGGAAGAGAAAAUAAGAUAUGAUAUCGGUGAAAAAGCCAAAGCAGCUGCCAGAGCAGUUAAAUACUCAAAUGCAGGAACCGUAGAGUUUAUAUUUGAUUUGGAUUCAAGUAAAUUCUACUUUAUGGAAAUGAACACAAGAUUGUAAGUUGAACAUCCAAUUACAGAAAUGAUUACUGGGGUUGAUUUAGUUGAAUGGUAACUUAGAGUUGCAAGUGGAGAACAACUACCAUUAACUCAAGAAUAAAUUAAAAGAAAAGGUCAUUCAAUUGAAGCUCGUAUCUAUUCAGAGAGUCCUAACAAUAAUUUCUUACCAGGGAGUGGCAAACUUGAUCAUUAUUCAGAACCAAAAGCAUCUCAAUCUGUUAGAAUUGAAACUGGUGUAAGAGAAGGAGAUACUAUUUCAAUCUUCUAUGAUCCCAUGAUUGCUAAGUUGGUUGUCUAUGGAGAAAAUAGACAAUUGGCCAUCUAAACACUUUUAAAUGCCUUGUAAAAUUAUUAAAUUCAAGGCUUACCUAAUAACAUUUCAUUUUUAAAAACAGUUCUUUAACAUCCAGAAUAUGUAAAUUAGUAAUAUGAUACCUCCUUCAUUGCCAAAAACUAAGACACUUUAUUAAAAUUAAAAGACCAUUACAAUCCUAUCGAUAUUGCUCUAGCAAUUGCUGGUAGACAUUUCCUAAAUUCGGUUAAUUUACCUAAAUCACUCUUAAAUUUCAGAAAUGGUGCUCAAAUUCAUAAUAAAUUAUCAUUGCAUAUUUAAAGUGCUUCAUAUGCACAUUAAAAGGAGAUUAAGAUUACUCAUAACAUUAAUGGAAACACUCAUGAAUUAGAAAUUAAAGGUUAAAAGAUUGUAAUCAAUAAAGUAACUAAAAGUUAAGAACAUAAUAAUUUAUUAAUUUUUGAAACCAAUAAAGGAAUCUUCAUCAGAACUAUUAGAAACGGAUAGAACUUAUUGAUUUUUGAUGCCGAAGGAGACCCUAUCACUAUCACUGUCUCUUCUGAUGAGGUCAAGAAGGUCAAAUCGGAUCAACAUGGACAUGGCAAUAAUAAAGAAAUUGUUGCUCCUAUGCCAUGCACUUUGACCAAAGUUAAUGUAAAGGUUGGAUAAAAAGUGAAAAGAGGUGAUAUUUUAAUUAUCAUGGAAGCCAUGAAGAUGGAACACACAAUUAAAGCAGCCAUAGAUGGUGAAGUUAAAGAGGUCAGAUACAAAGAAGGACAAUUCAUUGAACCAGGAGCUUUGAUUGUUAAAUUAGAAUGAAAUAGAAAUUUAUAAAGUCAUAUUGAAUAUUCUAUUAAA